GCGGAGGUCACGCAUGCGCACAAACUAUUUCCAGUCAUUUCGACGGAGUGGAGGAUUUUUGUCCUCACUAUCAGCUCUACAUCACCUUUAUUACACAGUUACAGUAACGUCAUCAUGGAUUUGGACAGUGGAACUUAUGAACCUGGUUUUGUGGGCAUCAGGUUCUGUCAGGAGUGUAAUAACAUGUUGUAUCCUAAAGAGGAUAAAGAAAACCGCAUUCUGCUCUAUGCUUGCAGAAACUGUGACUAUCAACAGGAAGCUGACAACAGCUGCAUCUAUGUGAACAAAAUCACCCAUGAGGUUGAUGAACUCACUCAGAUCAUUGCAGACGUGGCCCAAGAUCCAACACUGCCUCGGACAGAGGACCACCCAUGCCCAAAGUGUGGCCACAAGGAGGCGGUGUUCUUCCAGUCUCACAGCAUGAAGGCUGAGGACGCCAUGAGGCUUUACUAUGUCUGCACCGCCCCACACUGUGGCCACAGAUGGACUGAAUGAGAAGGAUAAAGCCACGAAUGUCAAUAGAUGAGGUGUUCUGGGGUCCCGUGUCACUACUGUUCCAUUCCUACAAGUUAUUUUCUCAGUUCAGGAGACAUAUGUUGUGGAGUGGACGUAUCUGGUCUGUGACCCAACUGUAGGUCACUGAUGCAUUUGUGAAUAAAACGUUGUUUAAUUUUAGUUUUUCGAUCUUACACCGAUGCACAAACACCAACAUGAAGCCAGAGACUCAUACUUUUCCCCAAAGUGUUUAUAGUUUGUCAUUUUAAUAUUAUACACUGUAUUUUUUGAAGGUUUGUAAUAAAAGAUUACAAAAAGCGA